AAUAUACAAUUUUCAAAAUCACACACUAACUUUUCUCUAACCUUUUAAAUGGCAUCAAAUAAUUCCAGUUUAGCUCUAAGUGUUUGAUUAGCAGGUAGUCCAGAGUCGCUAAAAGCAAUGAAAUAAUGAAAUAGCGCUUUUAGAUAAGCGCUGAAUCUACAUGACGCCCCUCAUCUCUUCUCAUCUCAGCGUCCCCACCAUUUCUCGCGAUGUUAGAGCCAGAAUAAACAGCCAUGGCGGCCGCACUGCGUAGGCUGGGCGCUUCUCUCAGGAACGGAGCGCUUCUCCAGCAAACACCGUCAAACGGCAGAAGGGAGCUUAAAGUGGUCGCAGCCGGCGCUUGUGUCGCAGCCGCGGCCGGCGCUGCGGCUCUCUACUGCGGCUCGGUGGUCGGUGUGGGACCGAGGAGCCGCGUCGAGGCUCGGCUCGUACAUCUGGCGCUGCCGACAGUCUCUGCUACUGAUAAGGCGAAGACCUACGACCUGGACGAUGGGGACGUUUACAUGUCGACCUAUGAAAACAGGUUCCGGCUCUUCAGCUCGGUGGAGUGUGAAGGCCAGCUCUACAUGACUCCUCUAAACUUCAUUGAGUCCGUCACUCUGAGCCAACCAAGGAGUAGGAGAGGAUGGAAGUCUCUCACUAAAAAGGAGUUAGACAAGGUGCUGUCGGAUACUCCGCCUGUUUGGAAAGGAUCAUCCAAUUUGUUCAGAAACCUACGAGAAAGAGGUGCCAUCAGUUACACAGAGUAUCUGUUUCUGCUCUGCAUUUUAACAAAGCCCCACGCAGGAUUUUGGAUCGCUUUCAACAUGUUCGAUGCAGAUGGCAACGAAAUGGUGGACAAACGGGAGUUCUUGGUGCUGGAGGAAAUUUUCCGUAAGAAAAAGGAUAGAAAAGAUGUUGCUGAUGACGUUCAGAGACUGGAGGAACAAAGCCUGCAGCUUUACGGUCACCGCAAAUCCCAGACAAACAGUGUUCGUAAAAACGACGCCCAGCAUGCGGGGACCAUGUGGGACGUUCUCAGGCGCAGCACGAGUCAAGUUCUGUUCUCUGAUCUCACUGAGCACGUGGAUGAGAAAACGGAGACGACGCUGCUUGUGCACUUCUUUGGAAAAAAAGGCAAAGCCGAGUUAAAAUUUGAAGAUUUCUACAAGUUCAUGGACAACUUGCAGACAGAGGUGCUGGAGAUAGAGUUCCUCUCUUACUCCAAAGGCAUGCCCACCAUCAGCGAGGAAGACUUUGCUCGCAUUCUUCUUCGCUACACAAACGUGGAUGAUGUCAGCGGGUACAUGGAGAACGUACGCCACAGCAUACCGGAUGAAAAGGGGAUCAGCUUCGAGGAGUUCAGAUCCUUCUUUCAGUUCCUGAACAACCUGGAGGAUUUCACCAUCGCCAUGCAGAUGUACAACUUCGCUCACCGCUCUGUCGGUCAAGAUGAAUUCACCCGGGCGGUUUACGUUGCCACUGGGAUCAAGCUGAGCCACCACUUGGUCAACACCGUCUUUAAGAUCUUCGACGAGGACCACGACGGCAAACUGAGCCACAAGGAGUUCAUCGGAGUCAUGAAGGACCGCCUGCACCGCGGAGACGGGGGUGUUAAAGCGGAGGAGAAGUUCAUCUCUUUCAAGUCCUGCAUGAAGAAGGAGCUGUCACGCAAAUAGGUGAAGACCCAGUCACCGCUGCAUGUCUUACAGUACGGAUGAAUCGUGCCUUCCCUUCCGUGUGUGUGUGUGUGUGUGUGUGUGUGUGUGUGCGUCGCAGGAGUUUAUGCAUGCUGCAGCAUCUCAGAGCAAAGAUGCCGAGCUCUGGGAAGCUCCGCUGACUCUUCACAGAAACGAAAUUAAGAAACAUUGAGACACCCAACAACUUUACUGCGUGUUAGUUUGUAAGUGUUUAUAGGAAUUAUUUAUUACACUUAUUUAUUUAUUCAUUUAUCUAACUACACAUAUUUUGAAAAAGAAAACCAACAAUUUAGCUUAUUGGUGAGACAAUUAUAAAAAUGUCAGUUUCCUGCUCCGUCAGCUUCCUUUGCUCCAAUUGAAUCCUAACCCUGGUUCUGUUUCAGACACAGAAUGCUCAUAUUCUUUGUUCCUCAGUUACCUGCAGCCCCGUCUUAUCCCCCCGCCGCCCCUCCAAAAUUACCUUUGUCCACCCCCCGCCCUGAGUCCUUGUACUUCCUCCGGAGCGCCGCAGCUGGAAUCCUCCAGAGGAAGCAGACCUGAACACACCCGCUCGAUCCGAGGCUCGCUCACUGUUUAACCGCGGGCAGCCAGCACCGUUAAUCAUUUCUCAGCUGAUACAGAGAAAUGUCAUGGAUGAGCAGAAAAUAAAAAUAAAAAAGCUGAAUGUGUUUCACGUUUAAAAUAUUGUCGGUUUUCAGAGGAAUGCAUCUAAAUGAGAUCCUGGAUGAGGAGUGAUCCCUCUGUAUGCAUCUGAGGAUCUUUGUUGGAGGAGAAAACACUACAGUGUCACUCAGAGUAAAUGGACUGCAUCCGAGACGACUGGUUGCUCUACCUCGUUUCCUGUAAAGCCUGGUUUUGACUGUUACGCUUUUCCACUGAUAGGUUUCAAUAAAUCUGACGUACUGUA